AUGCAAGGCCUGAUGAGUGGGAAGCAGCAGGCUACGAGGUCUCCAAGAAGAAUGGCGCGCCGAAGAUUCCCUCACUUUGGAACAGGUGGUUCCCCUACGAGCCUGUGCCUUACUCGCCAAAGCUGGGCCCGUACAUCGAGAUGGUGGAGAAGGACACUGUUUACUACUGGUGCUCCUGCGGCGAGUCGAUCUCCCAGCCCUGGUGUGAUCAAGCCGGCUGCAAGGACACGAAGUUUCAUCCCGUAG